UCGCCUUCCUGACUCUACAUUCGAGAUAUUGUAAUCAUUUCUCAUCAGACACGUCAAAGGUGAGUUGCGUCGCCUCAGCCCAUGCCGAUUCUUGCAUCACCGACGUAACGAUCCCGCCCGUCGACCGAAAAUGCCUGUCGUCAAAGGAGGUGUAUGGACGAAUAUCGAAGAUGAAAUUCUCAAAGCGUCUGUAUCCAAGUAUGGGCUGAAUCAGUGGGCGCGCGUGUCUUCGCUGCUCGCGCGCAAAACUCCCAAGCAGUGCAAGGCGCGAUGGGCGGAAUGGCUGGAUCCUGGCAUCCGGAAGAUCGAAUGGAGUCGCGAAGAGGAUGAGAAAUUAUUGCAUUUGGCAAAGUUGAUGCCGACGCAAUGGCGGACCAUCGCUCCCAUCGUCGGCCGCACGGCUACGCAGUGCCUCGAACGAUAUCAGAAAUUGCUCGACGAGGCCGAGGCGCGAGAGAAGCAAGAGUUUGGGCUGGCUGGACCGGACGGAGGAGAGGCCGCGCCACCCUCUGCAGACGAUGUCCGAAGGCUUCGACCGGGUGAGCUAGAUCCUGACCCUGAAAGUAAACCCGCGCGACCCGACACCAUCGAUCUAGAUGAGGACGAAAAGGAGAUGUUAUCAGAGGCUCGCGCUCGCUUGGCGAACACGCAGGGCAAAAAGGCGAAAAGGAAGGCGCGUGAACGGCAGUUGGAGGAGAGCAGGAGACUGGCAGUACUGCAGAAGCGUAGAGAGUUGAAGAACGCUGGAAUCAAUGUCAAGGUGACAACUAGGAAAAAGGGUCAGAUGGACUACAAUGCGGACAUUCCGUUCGAGAAGGCGCCUGCUCCGGGCUUCUACGACACACAGGAGGAGCAAGCUCACAAUGAACAUCAGCGAGCCAUGUUUGACCCGCGCCGGGCCCAGCUAGCCAACAAACGCAAAGGCGAUGGACAGGAAAUGGAGGGACAAGAGCACAAGCGGAGAAAGAACGAGAACGAUGGCGGUGCCGCUGCCUUUGCCGCUGCCGCGAAAGCUGGUCAAUUGCAACGGAUACGUGAAGCAGAACAGAGCAGCAAGCGAAGAUCACUAGUUUUGCCGGCGCCGCAGGUCAGCGAGAGUGAGCUCGAGGACAUUGUCAAAAUGGGUUUAUCAGGCGCGCGGGCCAACGCGCUGGCGGAGGAUGGCGAUAACGAUGCGACCAGAGCUCUUGUGAGCAAUUACUCUAGUACAAUUGGCGCGACGCCUAUCCGGACCCCACGAGCGCCUCAAGAGGAAGAUCGGAUCACCAACGAGCUGCGCAACGCCCGUGCUCGGACAGAGACACAGUCUGCUUUACUCGGCGGCGAAAAUGCCUCGCUUGUUGAGGAUGAUGCCACCACUGGAUAUGGGGGAGUGGCGCCGUCAAAGCAAAGCAUUUCCACUCCCAAUCCAAUGGCAACACCGUUUCGCAGUUCUGGUGGUGGCCCAGGUGGAUUAGGCAUGGUAGGUGCGACGCCUCUACGAACCCCUAGAGACAAUUUCCGACUCAAUCAGGAGGAUGGAAUCGGUCAGUUGGUAGGCCAAACUCCCCGUGACAUUCGUCUACAAGAACAGGCCUUGCGUCUUUCGCUACGGGGUAAGCUUGCAAGUUUACCUAAACCACAACAAGUCGACUUCGAGCUAGAAGCGUUACCUGCGGAGCAAGACGAGCUGUCGGUAUCUACAGAUGUAGACGGAGGUGAGGACGCUGCUGCACGCGACCAAAGGAAUGCCCAGCUCGCUGAGGCGGCCGCUCUGGCUGAGUUCAAGAGGCAGAGUCAAGUCGUGCAACGAGGCUUGCCCCGGCCCUCUGUUGUCGACCUCAACGCAAUGUUGAAAGCUGCAAGAACGAUAGAAGACUCGGCAAAGCGCCAGGUUGCAGAGGAGGCCGCUUUGCUCAUGGCAAAUGAUGCGGCGCAGUUCGGCCGCGCACAAGGCAAGCCCCCUCGGCGAGCGUUGCCGAGCUUCCCGGAGGAUUUGCUCGCGCGAGCUCAGGCAGACAUUAUUUUGGAGAUGGGCGCGAGUGACAAACGAGAGACAUUUGGUCAAGCUUUUGAGGAUGCAUUGCAGCGCGCUCGUGUUGAUUCGAUCCUGCCAGGAUUGGCGGGAUAUGGCAAGGACGACCUUGACGAAGAACAACUUUCCAUCGAGAUGUUCGACGGCAUACAACAGAGCAUCGGGCAACUGUCGACCAAGGGCAACGGCCUAGAGAAGAAACUCGCCAAACUUCAUGGCGGAUAUCUAGAUCGACAACGCAAAUUACGCGCGAAGAUCUCGGAAGCUGGCCAGGCCUUAGGCAGGAUGACGGUGGAAGUCGAGGUCAGUCGGCGGGUCCAUGUCGCUGAGCAAGCCACGGUAGCCGAGCGGCUGGAAAGCCUUCGAGAUCAGGUCGCCCUGAUCAGCCGGCGCGAGAGGGAGGCACAGGAUCUGUAUCGGUCGCGAAAGGAAGAGCUGGAUGCGCUGAGUCGCGGAUGAAUCAAUGUGUCAUUGCGAUGAAUGUACUGUUAUAGCAUGGAUGGCGUUACGGCACGACUGCUUGUACCAUCAUCAAUAGAAAAGAUAAUAUCGGCUGCUUGAUAUAUCGUAAACGGAAAUGACAGAAGAGCCAUGUUGCUUUCCUGACCGAAUACCGAAGACUUCCA